AUGCAUUUUGUUCUUCGUCGCGCAAGAUCGACUAAAAUUUCAGAAACGUCACGACUGCCUCCUUCCUCAGUUUCCUAUCUCAGAACCCUAAACCCUCUUCUCUCUCCGCCGUCACCUCAGCCAUUACCCCGUCGGAACUUGGACCUUGCCGCCACAACCUUCGAACUCGAAGCUUCCCCGCCGUCACCUCAGCCACUACCCCGUCGGAAUUGCCCUGUUUUUGCAGAGUCUUCUCCGGCGUGGUUCUCUCUCCUCUGGUCACUAAUUUCAACAGCUGAGGAUCAUGUAGGAUUCAACGGAUCGUGGAUCGGAGUCCCGGAUACUCCGAACUCGCAAACCCUAGCCAAGAAGAACACCCGAGGGCCGUGUCGGCAGUUGAAGAUGGCGAAGGUCACCCGGGUGACCAACAAUCGUAUCAACAUCGGAUACGACGAGCGACAUCGGGCUGCACCGAAGCCGGAGUUGCAUAGCUCCUUGGCCAAUGACAUUGGUCACGUCGUGCAUUCCCAUUGCCCGAUGCAAUGGAAGUCUUGGAAGGUCAUGCUCGACGAGAUCAAGACUGAGGUGCGUGGCCAGUUGUCGGUAUGGAAGUCUUGGAGGACCUCGACGACGAGUCGUUGGCAGUGGAAGAGCGACUUGCACCACCAUUUUGAGGCUUUUGAUGAUCCGGAAGUCACUCUUCAAGAGGGUUGCCCGAAGGAGCUUGAGGGGCGGGAGGAUAGUUGGGCGUGGCUCUGUGCUCAUUUUCAGGCGCCCAAUUUUGUGAAUAAAGCCAAAGUCAAUAAGGGCAACAGGAAGAAGAAGACUUUUCUCCACCAUUUAGGUUCCAGGCCCUUCUCAUAUAGGAUGGAUGCACGGCGGCGGGAGGGGUCCAAAUUCCCAGAGAUCGACGUCUUUGGCGACGUUUAUGUUCGACCUGGGAAUGAGUUGGCCGAGUCCCUUCAUGAUGCUGGGUUUCAGAUCUUGACGGAGACAUUGGAUCAGACUCUCGGGAUGAGGCCGGGAAUAUAUUGUCGCGGGAUGGGGAAUGCACGACAGAGGGAACCUAGACCUCGGUCAUCGUUGCAGGCAAACAGUCAGGUGACUGUUUUGAUAUCACGGGUGGCCGAGCUUAAGGGUCAGAUGUCGGUGAUUCUGCAGUCUCUCGCGCGGUCCGACAUUCCAAUCCUGAAUUUUGGUGUGCCGACCUCCGAGCCCGUCCACCCCGAGCAUCCCCACCAGACCACGACCCUUGUAAACCCCCAGCCCCAGACCUCCGAGCCGUAUAUGCCAGAUGACCAUGUAGAUUUUGGAACAUUAUUUGAUUAG